GUACGUGGUUGUGUUAGCUAGUUACGCCCCUUGGAACGGAAGAAGCAUCGCCCUUUGAGGAUCUAGAAAAAUGCCUUUAAAACGUAUUCCAAAUGUCCUGUCACCAAAUCUGUUACACGUGUUGGCAUCAAUGGGCCAUGGGGAUGAAAUAGUUUUGGCAGAUGCUAAUUUUCCAUCCUCGUCAGUUAGCAAAUCUGGACCAAUAGAAGUCAGAGCAGAUGGUAUUGACAUCCCUACAUUGAUGGACGCUAUCCUCCAGUUGUUUCCGUUGGAUGCGUAUGUAGACCGUCCUAUAGCCCUGAUGGACCUAGUACCCAGUGAUAAACAGAGAGGACUACAAACUCCGGUUUGGGAGAAGUACAAGGCCAUUUCUUACAAACAUGAAGGAAAGCAGGUUGAUGUACAGUUGGUGGAGCGAUUUGCAUUUUAUGAACGAGCCAAGAAAGCAUUUGCUGUAGUUCACACUGGAGAAACUGCCUUGUAUGGGAAUAUUAUUCUGAAGAAGGGUGUCAUAGGCUAAGGCCCGGAAACAGAUUAACUUUUCUGUAUACAAGGAAAUCGAACAAGGACCGUCUCAAGAUAUUUAGGAUGUAGAACUUGACAUUCCAAUUUUGUGAUUCAGGAAAUCAUUCGUAUUGUGCCAUCAUUAUGAUAUUAAUCAUAUAUGUAUUGAAGAUCUCAUUUAAUUUGCUUGAAAUCUCACUAAUCUGAUAAAAUCUUUGUAUAAUAGCUCUGAUAUCUUCUUGAUGAAGAUUUUAUUGCAGGUCUGUAAAUUUGUAAUAUUGACAGUUGCAUUCAUUAGGAUAUAUAUGCAGUAUAAAGAUGAACUUCAAGAAUCAUUGAUCUUACAAUUUAAAUCAUCUAGCCAAACAAAAUGUGAUUUUAUUGUAAAGGAUUAUUAAAGGAUUGUUGAUAUUUAUUUGGUUUACAAUGAAUGUUAUUAUGUAUAGAUCAAAAUACUUUGUGAUACUGUUGGAUUCAAAGUUAUAGAAAUUGUAGGUAAACUAAAUACAGCUCUGUAGAGUUGUAAUAAACAUCUCAGUUUUGAUUAUAACAAAUAUAAUAUCAACCUGUAUAUAGAAAUAGGGUGACGUCACAGACAUAGAACAAAAACCAGAGGUGUUUUCCUUUGAAUUGCCAAAUUAUUCAUGGCAUAUUGUUAUGUGCAUGAUAAACAGAAUAUCAAACUUGUUCCCAUUAUGAUUACAUAAACAUUUAUUAUUAACAGUUAAUCCUGCAUAUAAAGACCAAUCAAUGGAUUAGAGAAAAAAUCCUUUAUAGACAGGUGACCUUAUAAACAGGGCAAUAAUAUAAAUGUACAUUGUGUUGCUUUGAGAACCGGAAUAGGUGACCUUUCUUGACAGGUUUUUGUUAUGCACAUGUGGUCUUUAUAGACAGGUUUUAGCUUUAUACAGGUGGCCUUUAAGCCAGGCUUUUGUUAUACACUGAUGGUCUUUAUAGACAGGUUGAAACUCUAUACAGAUGGCCUUUAAGACAGGUUUUAACUUUACACAGGUUGUCUUUAAGACAAGCUUUUGUUAUAUACAGUGGUCUUUAUACACAGGGUUUAGCUUUAUACAGGUGGCCUUUAUAGACAGGGUACAGCUCUAUACAGUGGUCUUUAUACACAGGGUUUAGCUUUAUACAGGUGGCCUUUAUACACAGGGUACAGCUCUAUACAGUGGUCUUUAUACACAGGGUUUAGCUUUAUACAGCCUUUACAUGUAGGUUAUGUUAACAUUGGUAGUGCGUGUUUAUAUACAUUUGUGUUUGUAUUGUGUAAAAUGUCAGUAACAAGUUAUACCUGUAGGUGUGGUACAAAAUGAUGUUUAUUUGAUUAAUGUGUUUAUCUGGGUGAUAGUUGAUGUAUAUAUGUAAUUAAUAUACAUGUAUAUACUCUCUGAGGUUGAUUGCAGCAUGGAACAUGACUAGAAUUGGAUAUAUCUUUUAAUAAAAUCAUUCAUGACAUGGAAUAUUUCAGAUUUGUUAUACCCAUAGAUGUUGGACAAAAAUGAUGUUUAUUUGAUAUUAAUGUGUUUAUUCCGGUGUUAGUGGGUGUAUGUAAUUAAUAUAUAUAUAAUCUGAGGUUGAUUGCAGCAUGGGACAUGACUAGAAUUGGAUAUAUCUUUUAAUAAAAUCAUUUAUGACAUGGAA